ACGGAGAAAAGAAACUCCCGACCUUGAGACGGAAACGCCCCUCCUCGCAUUACCACCACCUUAAGAUCCGAUCUCCCCCUCUCCUCUUCCUCCUCGCCACCCCACUCAAAUCCACACCACCAACGGCCCGAGCGGGCCAAGCUCGCGCAAUGCCGCCCGCCGCCGACGCAAUGCCGGCCCCCAAGGACGCUGGCGUCGACGACGACGUCCGCAUGAUCUCCUCCAAGGAACUCCGCGCCCACGCAUCCGCCGACGACCUCUGGAUCUCCAUCUCCGGCGACGUGUACGACGUCACGUCGUGGCUCCCGCGCCACCCGGGCGGGGACCUCCCGCUCCUUACCCUGGCCGGAAAGGAUGCCACCGACGCCUUCGCCGCCUACCACCCGCCCUCGGCCCGCCCACUCCUCCGCCGUUUCUUCAUCGGCCGCUUCUCCGACUACACCGUCUCCCCCGCCUCCGCCGACUACCGCCGCCUCCUCGCGCAGCUCUCCUCCGCCGGCCUCUUCGAGCGCGUUGGGCCCACCCCCAAGGUACUGCUCUGCAUCAUGGCCGUCCUCUUCUGCGCGGUCCUGUACCUCGUCCUCGCCUGCGCCGCCGCCUCCGCGCACCUCCUCGCGGGGGGGCUCACCGGGUUCAUCUGGAUCCAGUCCGGCUGGAUGGGCCACGACUCGGGGCACCACCACAUCACGGGCCACCCGACCCUCGACCGCGUCGUGCAGAUACUCUCCGGGAACUGCCUCACCGGCCUCAGCAUCGCCUGGUGGAAGUGCAACCACAACACGCACCACAUCGCCUGCAACAGCCUCGACCACGACCCGGACCUGCAGCACAUGCCGCUCUUCGCCGUCUCUACCAAGCUCUUCGGCAACCUGUGGUCCUACUUCUACCAGCGCACCAUGGCGUUCGACGCCGCGUCCAAGUUCCUGAUCAGCUUCCAGCACUGGACGUUCUACCCGGUGAUGUGCUUCGCCAGGAUAAACCUUCUCGCGCAGUCGGCCCUGUUCGUGCUGUUCCAGAGGAAGGUGCCGCAGCGGUUGCUGGAGAUCGCUGGGGUCGCCGCAUUCUGGGUUUGGUACCCGUUGCUGCUGUCUUGCCUGCCAAAUUGGUGGGAGAGGAUAGCGUUUGUGGUUUCCAGCUUUACCAUUUGCGGGAUUCAGCACGUUCAGUUCUGCCUGAACCACUUCUCGUCCGAGGUGUAUGUUGGGCCGCCCAAGGGGAAUGACUGGUUUGAGAAGCAGACGGGGGGCUCGCUCGACAUCGAGUGCUCCCCUUGGAUGGAUUGGUUCCAUGGUGGUCUGCAAUUCCAGAUUGAGCACCAUCUGUUUCCCCGUCUCCCUCGCUGCCACCUUAGGAAGGUUGCGCCGUUCGUACGUGACCUUUGCAAGAAGCAUGGGCUGCCUUAUGCUGCAGCCUCAUUCUGGGAGGCGAAUGUGCUUACAUGGAAGACGCUGAGGGCUGCUGCAUUGCAAGCCAGGAACGCCACUAGUGGCGCUGCGCCGAAGAAUUUGGUCUGGGAGGCAGUGAACACUCAUGGAUAAAUGGGAGGAGGAUUGGAGUUCGAGGCAAUUGCUGAUUUUCAGCCUUGUAUGCAUGCAAUUAUCUGAUUGCUUCUCAAUUAUUUAGAGAGACUGAUCCUUUAACUCGUUGGAGUUGGGUCAGAUUUUUAGUGUUACAAGUGAAUGUGAUUCCAGAAGAGUGAGUUCAUGCUUCGAUUGUCUGAUGUUCUGUUCUUCCGAUCACGGUAACUAUAUCUAAAGUACCUCCAUGAUAUUAUGAACCCCUGUCAUAAGAUUAUGCCCAUUUCAUUUUGCUUGCAUUGUCAAGAUUGUUGAUGCUUGAAGUUUAUGAAAUUGUAAGCUUAAUGAAGGGCCUGUAACAUUGUGUGGUACUCCUACAUCCUCGGUUGCUAUUGGAGCUUGAAUUUCUCUUCGGAAA